AUGAUUGCCCUCCAAGGUGUGCUCAAUAACAUUAGACCGAAUGGAACCGAGGCACCUGGAGCCUACCCAGGCAUCAUCGUUGCAUCCACUUCUACAGAGAAUCCAAAUUACUUCUACAUGUGGACACGAGACUCGGCAUUGACGAUGAAGAUGCUCAUCGAUGAGUUCUUGCAUGGCAACACUGGUCUUCGGAUAUAUAUUGAGGACUAUCUAAAAGCACAAGCCAUCAUCCAGACCGUCAGCCAGCGCUUCCAACACUGUACUUCUCACAAGAAGUUACGCCGUAACUGCUGGAGUUUUCACCUUCAAGCCGUCCUCGUCCUUGUACAGGGUUCCCAACCAACAUUAGCGCUUGUAGUAAAGGCUAAAAGUUAA